AUGUCAGGGCUACCUCGAUCUUCUGGCGCUCCAAUGAAGAAUGGCCUUCCUCCUCAAGAACUCCUUGACGACCUCUGCAGUCGUUUUGUUCUGAAUGUGCCAAAAGAAGAUCUACAAUCAUUUGAGAGGAUCUUGUUUCUUGUGGAAUAUGCACACUGGUUCUAUGAGGACAACUCUGUUGAAAAGAAUCCAUCAUUGAAGUCACUCAGUUUGAAGGAGUUUACUUCUCUAAUGUUUAACAGUUGUGAUGUUUUAAGACCCCAUGUUGCUCAUAUAGACGACAUAUUUAAGGACUUCACUUCAUACAAGGUUCGAGUUCCUGUUACAGGAGCCAUCAUUUUGGAUGAAACUUACGAACGGUGCUUACUAGUGAAAGGGUGGAAGGGAACAAGUUGGAGUUUUCCCCGUGGGAAAAAGAACAAAGAUGAAGAAGACCACAAGUGUGCUGUUAGAGAAGUCUUGGAGGAAACGGGGUUUGAUUUUUCAAAACUUCUUAACAAAGAAGAGUAUAUUGAAAUGAUAUUUGGUCAGCAGAGGGUGCGACUUUACAUAGUUGCUGGUGUGAAAGAUGAUACAGCUUUUGCCCCACUCACCAAAAAAGAGAUCAGUGAAAUAGCAUGGCAGCGGCUUGAGGAUCUUCAACCUGCAAAUGAUGAUGUAAUAUCUCGUGGGAUUACUGGGCUCAAGCUGUACAUGGUUGCUCCAUUCUUGGCAUCUCUGAAUGCAUGGAUUUCAGCACACCAACCACCAGUGGCAUCAAAGCCCGAUAUGCCUUUGAGAGGAAUUAGCGUGUGGAAGGCAAAGAACAGUUCUACAGGGAGCAGCUCAGCGAUAGCAGAGACUCAUUCUAGUAAACCUGUGGCUGAUGCUCAUUCCUCUGACACAGGCCCUGGCAGGAGCUUCAGAAAUUUUCGGUUUGAUACUGCUAAGGUCUUUCAGGCAAUAGAAACUGCUUUCUCUACUUAA